UUGAGCCAUAAGAUAACACCGGUAACUCCUAAGAGUUUUGGUGUUUUUGAGGAACAACAAACGCUUUACAUCAAAAGGAUUUGAGAUCUUAUGAGUUUACAACAGGGAAAAGAAAGAAAGAAAGAAAAAUGUUACAAUAUACAUACAAAACACCACCCUAUCAGAAUCCCUCACAAGUGCUAUACAUUUUCCUCCACACAUUCGAACAGAAACUCUUUCCCACAGCUUGACAGGAAGAGUGCAAAGACAGAUUGUAACCAACAGCCUCAUUUCCAUUUCACGGGCUAGCUUCUCUGUACUUAUUAUUGCAUGAGUAACGCUUCUCUCUACAUUGUAAUUGCUUAAAAAUAAAAGGCACAUACUUAUCGAAGUUUCAUCUGAAAUACUCUGUUGUACCAAAUUGAAUGAAGAGUCAUGUGGAAGAGAUCAUAUUUCAAGGGCCUAGCAUGCCAGAGAAAAUGCUUCUGAACCUUCCUGACCCCCAAUUGCAUCUCAAGAUAUUCUCUUUGGGUAUUGAAAGGAGUAUGUUUUUCAAGUUGGGAAUGUCUUUCUCCGCAACAAUUAAUGAGAAUGCCCCCCAAUUCAAAACCUCAAAAAAUGGUGGCACAAAAUUGUCAGAUAUGAUCACAGGUACACACUCAUAA